AUGUUCAAUCUAGGCGGCACCAAAGAAAUCUCCGGCGUGACUAUACUCGUCCCGCGGCAAGACGCCAUAAGUGCCGCGGCUGCUCUCUACCCCGCGCAUGAGAACACCACGCGCACGUACAGCCAGGCGAUCGCAGAUGCGCUCAAGCUCAUGAACCAAGGGGAAACCUCAGGAACGAAGUGGACCGCCGAUCAGAGCCCCCCUGGUGUCGCCAAAGUUUUAUCGGAUAUCUGGAAUUUCCAGAUCGUGCAGAAGUACAUUCCGCCCUUUGUCGCGAUGCAAGAGUACUCCUCUGGUGGGCCGUUCGAGCUCAAGUCAAAGCAGGGAGAGUCGCUCUGGAUGACAUACGUCCCAACUCCGUACGGCGGAGCCAUGAACAUCUCGGGCAUGUCCCCUGAGCAGCGGGCCGGCUCGCCGUUGCCAAAUGUCAACGGCUCUGUUCAUCUCGAUGGGAGCCCAUUUGCGUACACAAUGUUGGAUUUCGGAGAUGUGAUUGUGGACAAUGUGGACAGCAAGGUCGUGGUGUAUAGGAGCGAUGCGGUGCUUCUUCCUUUAAAGAUGGAUCCUCUUGGCGCGUAUGUAGGAGCCACUGCUUCCAUCUUCCACCUGUUUGCCUCCUUUGGCAUCGCUCUCGCUGCACUCAUGCUGAUGUAA